AUGGAGUGUGACUCGACUGUUGACGAGUGUUUCGUGACGAGCAGAAAACCAAUAGAGGCAGCUCCUCAGAAGUUCGCCCUCAUCCCAAACUGUGACAAAUGUUUCACCGGUCUAGUUGUUAAUCAAAUGGCUGUUAAUCUGUUCGCCAAGCACUGCAAUCAUAUUGUGAACACUCCAUCAUCAAUCAAGGUGACAUCAUCAGUGAACGGACAUGGUGUCACCUUGGUUGGUGACGGCAAGCUUGCAAUCUGA